GAAGAAUUGGCUGAGCACUCAAUUCCAGAUGAAGGAUUUGGGUGAAGCAAGUUAUGUUCUAGGUAUCCAGAUCAUCAGGGAUAGAAAGAACAAACUUUUAGCUCUAUCUCAAGCAGCUUACAUUGAUAAAGUGCUUGAACGUUUCUCAAUGACAAAUUCCAAGAAAGGGCGUCUACCGUCCCGCCAUGGAAUUCAUCUUUCAAAGAAGCAGUCUCCCCAGACUCCUGAAGAGGAAGAUGCAAUGAGAAAAGUUCCUUACGCAUCUGCAGUUGGAAGUCUAAUGUAUGCCAUGUUGUGUACUAGACCAGAUAUCUGCUAUGCAAUGGGAGUAGUGAGCAGGUAUCAGUCAAACCCAGGACCGGAACAUUGGAUAGCAGUUAAGCAUAUCCUGAAGUAUUUGAGACGGACUAGGGAUUAUAUGUUAGUCUACAAGGGUGGUGUUCUGAACCCUGUAGGCUACACCGAUUCAGAUUUUCAGACUGAUGUCGAUGACAGAAAGUCUACUUCUGGAAUGGUGUUUACUCUUGGGGGUGGAGCUAUGAUUUGGAGAAGCGUAAAGCAGUCUACAAUCUCAGAUUCCACCAUGGAGGCUGAGUACAUAGCUGCAUCAGAAGCAGCUAAGGAA